CCUCAGAUUCCGGUGUCCUCUCAAACCGCACGGACGCCUGAUCCUCCCCUCUUCUUGUUGUUGUUGCCGGAGAGCGCAGCAAGAACUGAAACUAACUGGGUAGCAUCGAGCUAGCAGCAAUGUCGAUGGCGUCGUCGAGCGGGCUGAGGAGCUGCAGCGCCGUGGGCGUGCCCAGCCUGCUGGCGCCUUCGUCCCGGUCCGGCCGCUCGGGCCUGCCGUUCUGCGCCUUCGCCACCACCUCCGGCCGGGUCACCAUGUCCGCCGAGUGGUUCCCCGGCCAGCCCCGCCCUGCCCACCUCGACGGCUCCUCGCCCGGCGACUUCGGGUUCGACCCCCUCGGCCUCGCCACCGUACCGGAGAACUUCGAGCGGUUCAAGGAGUCCGAGAUCUACCACUGCCGCUGGGCCAUGCUCUGCGUGCCAGGGGUGUUGGUGCCGGAGGCGCUGGGGCUGGGGAACUGGGUGAAGGCGCAGGAAUGGGCGGCGCUCCCCGACGGGCAGGCGACCUACUUCGGCGUGCCCGUGCCGUGGGGCAACCUGCCGACCAUCCUGGCCAUCGAGUUCCUGGCCAUCGCCUUCGCGGAGCAGCAGCGCACCAUGGAGAAGGACCCGGAGAAGAAGAAGUACCCCGGCGGCGCCUUCGACCCGCUGGGAUUCUCCAAGGACCCGGCCAAGUUCGAGGAGCUCAAGCUCAAGGAGAUCAAGAACGGGCGGCUGGCGAUGCUGGCGUUCGUGGGCUUCUGCGUGCAGCAGUCGGCGUACCCCGGCACCGGCCCGCUGGAGAACCUGGGCGCGCACCUGGCGGACCCGUGGCACAACAACAUCGGCGACAUCGUCGUUCCUAGGAACAUCUAUGGCCCUUGAGCUAAGUUCAGAGAGAGAUGAGAGGGAGAAGCUGAUCAAGUGAUUGGUUCAUUAUCCUGCCUGCACGUACGCCUCCGUGCGUGUGCAGGGAAACUGUACAACAACGUCGGCUCGAUCUCCGGCCGGCAGCCUUUGUAAUGUGUAAAGCUUAAGUAGCGGCUACUGUUUUGAAUGCAUCAAUAUAAUCUGUAUCAAAACUAAAUUGGUCUGUA